AUGAAGGUGUCAGUUUUUGUGUUCGUCUGUGCGUUUAUUUGCACUUGUUAUGCUGACCUUUCCUUCAUCCGGCCAUGCCACUCCUACGACUCUGCCUGCCUCAAGGCAUCCGCUCAGCAAGCUGUUCCGUUCAUAGCGGCGGGUGUACCAGAACUGGGCAUGGACACUUUGGACCCUAUGACCGUGCCACAUGUGGCCACCGACCAGGCGGGAUUAAAUAUCGACUUUAGAAACACGGUCGUGAAGGGGCUGCGGCAUUGUCGGGUUUUGGAUCUUGAGCAACAAGCGGGCCGUAUUAACAUAAAUCUGCAAUGUUCCGUGGUGCUCACCGGAGAUUACACUCUCAAUGGUAAUCUCAUGGACUUCAAAAUUGACGGCAAUGGCCCUUACAGGAUUAUUAUUCAUGACAUCGUAGUCAAAGUGGUGUUAGACACAGCCCUACGCUCUGAGGGCGGGAACACUUACCUCUCCGUGAGGAAUUGGAGCCACUCCGCCCAUGUGCUCACCAAUGUGAACUUCCACUUCGACAACCUUCUGCCAGGGAAUAAGAGAUUGGCACAUACAGUGGCGCAUUUAGCGAACUCGAAUUGGCGGGAGAUUUUCGACGAAAUGGCGCCUCCGAUCGUGAAGGCAAUCGUUACUAAGAUCGUGAGAGAAACAACCAAACUGUUCAAUCAGGUUCCACUGAACAAACUCUCUCUUGAUUUUCAGUAA